AGUUAAUUCCAAGUCCUGGUAUAAACUAUCUACGAGAAAAUGACAGAUUUCCACAGUGUAUAAUUUGCGUAUAAUAAUCUUUUCGUGGACGAAUUUGUUAAAUCUGAUUAACCUUCGCCGGGAGGACUCAUUGUCAGUAUAUAAACAGACAUGUUGAUAAACGGUCAAAUGUCGUCAGGUGUCUCGAGUUAUCCCCUCCCUUCUUGUUUAUCAUUCUGUGUUCGUCACAGAGCAGUAAACUAAAUGUUAAGCACCUAUAUACGAAAAUGACUGAAGACACCUCUUUAUAUGUUUUGCCAAACAACCAACCACUGGUAGCCUUAGAAUGUGAAACCGCAUUUAAUGGUUUGACAGCAAAGGAGAAAUUGUAUGCACAUUAUUUAAGUCAAGCUGCAUGGAGCGGUGGUCUUAUCGUGUACGUACAAACUUCUCCCGAAUCGCCGCUGCUAUUUGCUCUUUUACAUAAAAUUUUUAAAGCUCAAAACAUAGAAGAAUUGAAAAAAUCUGCGCUUGAUGCUGGAGUCAGCGAAGAUGAAUUUACGGCUUUCUUAGUGUACAGCUGUGGAAUAUUUUCGAAUUCUGGUAAUUACAAGUCCUUUGGCGACAGUAAAAUAAUUCCAAAUUUACCCAAAGAGAAAUUUGGGACCAUAGUAAAAGCUUCUCAAGCAUAUAAGGAUAAUUCUAAUAGUGUAGAAGAAAUUUGGAAUAAAAUUCAAGAUGUGACUUAUGGAUUAGGAGGAAAGCUGAAGUCUUUAGGUUUAGGUGACAAAGGAGUUACAACAUAUUUCUCUGCCAAUUGUACAGAUAAAGAUGCUGAAUUGGUCAAUGAGUUUAUGCAACAGAAAAAAUUAGAAUCUUACAAUGCAAGAUGCUUUAAAACAAACACUUCUGAUAAUGUAAAUUCCUAUGAAAUUAGAUUAGCUUCUGUGGAAACCGAUGCUGAUCCUCAGAUUACAUUACCAGAAGAAGAUUUUAAGAACUCUAAAUUUAAAAUCACAAGAGGGGAUUACAGCAAGCUUCUAACUGCAGUUGUUGAUAAUUUGCAGAAGGCAACAGAGUAUGCUGCAAAUGAAAUCGAAAAAAAUAUGUUGAAUAAAUACAUAGAACAUUUUAGAACAGGGUCAUUGCAGGACCAUAAAGAUGGUUCUCAGUUUUGGAUCAAGGACAAAGGUCCAGUUAUAGAAACAUACAUAGGCUUUAUCGAAACUUACAGAGAUCCUGCUGGCCAGAGAGCAGAAUUCGAAGGAUUUGUAGCGAUGGUAAAUAAAGAGAUGUCAGCAAAAUUUGCGAGUUUAGUAAACAAUGCAGAGAAGUUUAUCCAGAAACUUCCUUGGGGUGCAGAUUUCGAAAUAGACAAAUUUCUACGACCCGACUUUACUUCCUUAGACGUUCUUACAUUUUCUGGAUCUGGAAUUCCGAAUGGAAUAAAUAUUCCGAAUUACGAGGAAAUUAGAAAAUUAGAGGGAUUCAAGAACGUGUCUCUCGGAAAUGUAAUUCCCGGGAAUAUGAAGCUAGAUGUGGUACCAUUUUUGUCCGAACAGGAUCAGACACUACUGAAUACUUACAGACUUGUCAGUUUUGAGGUACAAGUAAGUUUGCACGAACUUCUUGGUCACGGUACGGGUAAAUUGUUAAGACAAUUGGGACCAGAUUCGUACAAUUUUGAUAAAGAAAAUACAAAGAAUCCCCUAACCGGAGAAGUAGUAAACAAAUUUUUCUUGCCGGGCGAAACGUACGAUUCGAAGUUUGGUGCAUUAGGAUCAUCUUACGAAGAAUGUAGAGCAGAAGCUGUUGGAUUAUAUCUAUGUUUGGAAAAAGAUGUGUUACGUAUAUUGGGACACGAAGGUUCGAAAGCCGACGAUGUAAUGUAUGUCAAUUGGUUAUCACUUUUGUGGACCGGCUGCGCAAGGGCUUUAGAAAUGUAUCAACCGUCUACCAAGAAAUGGUUACAAGCUCAUUCUCAAGCAAGAUAUGUUUUGCUGAGAGUGUGCAUCGAAGCUGAAGAAGACUUUGUUACUGUAGUCGAGGCUGAGUCUGGCAAAACUUUAAAAUUAACAAUAGAUAGGUCUAAGAUUCAGACUAUUGGGAAAAAAGCGAUCGGAAAGUUCUUAACAAAAUUGCAAGUUUACAAAAGUACUGGCGAUUUCGAGGCGGCCAAAGAGAUGUAUGACAAAUAUAGUGAGGUACCUGAAACCGGACCUCAUCCAUGGGCACGCUGGAGAGAUAUCAUUCUCGCUCAUAAGGAACCUCGAAAGAUAUUUGUACAAUCGAAUACAUUCUUAAAUGGUUCGGAUACAGUACAAUUGAAGAAUUAUGAACCCAAUUUUGUUGGAUUGAUUCAGUCUUGGAUGGAAAGAUUCCCUUCUUCGGAAACUUCACAGACUCUCAUUGAUUUGUGGGAAAAAGAUAAACAACAUUUUACACUUGAAGUUAAUUGAUUCAUUUGUGGGUAAAAUUACUUAUUACAUUUCUCUUUUAUUAUAUGUGCUAUAACAGUAUAUGCCUUGCAACAUUUACACAGUUAAAAGUUAUAGUUUGUAAUUUCCAACUUUGGAUUACUUUUAUGAAAAAUAAAACGUGCAUUUAUACUUAA